AUGGAUUGUGUUAUGGAUUGUGUUAUGGAUUGUGUUAUGGAUUGUGUUAUGGAUUGUGUUAUGGAUUGUGUUAUGGAUUGUGUUAUGGAUUGUGUUAUGGAUUGUGUUAUGGAUUGUGUUAUGGAUUGUGUUAUGGAUUGUGUUAUGGAUUGUGUUAUGGAUUGUGUUAUGGAUUGUGUUAUGGAUUGUGUUAUGGAUUGUGUUAUGGAUUGUGUUAUGGAUUGUGUUAUGGAUUGUGUUAUGGAUUGUGUUAUGGAUUGUGUUAUGGAUUGUGUUAUGGAUUGUGUUAUGGAUUGUGUUAUGGAUUGUGUUAUGGAUUGUGUUAUGGAUUGUGUUAUGGAUUGUGUUAUGGAUUGUGUUAUGGAUUGUGUUAUGGAUUGUGUUAUGGAUUGUGUUAUGGAUUGUGUUAUGGAUUGUGUUAUGGAUUUUGUUAUGGAUUGUGUUAUGGAUUGUGUUAUGGAUUGUGUUAUGGAUUGUGUUAUAGAUUGUGUUAUGGAUUGUGUUAUGGAUUGUGUUAUGGAUUGUGUUAUGGAUUGUGUUAUGGAUUGUGUUAUGGAUUGUGUUAUGGAUUGUGUUAUGGAUUGUGUUAUGGAUUGUGUCAUCAGCAGUAUCAAGAUUUGGAAUGUUUUUACUGUUGCCUUCUUUAUCGAAGAGCAAACUUCUAUCGCCUUCAGGAGCUAA